CUUCGAUUUUGCGUGGGGGCAUGCGCUGCAGCCUGCUGCCACCCUCAUGCAGCUUUGCUUCUCUGAAGACUGAGUCUGAGUCUCCGCAUGAGGCAUGCCAUUGCUGUGCUUGAGCUUGGAGUUGAGUUGUGGCGCAUAAAAGUUGGUUGUGGGGAGUUGUGCCGGUGAAAGAGUGCCUUUUCUAGUCACUUGAAGAGCUGGUUAAAGCAGGCAGUGGCGGAUGCUGCUGGCGCCAGCCGCCUUAUUACGGUUGCUGCGGAUGCUCUCUCUGCCUUUUACUUGCUUUUUGGUCACACCAAGACCGCGUUCAUUGGUUUGCCCUCUCUUACCCAGCUCCUCAAGUUCAAGUAAAGGGACUCUUGCGCAAACGAGGUGUCAGGUUGGCCAGUUUGCAGCAAAAGCUGCAGAGAAAACAAGUUAACUAGGCGCUGGAAUCAUAUUCCAUUAGGGCCCGCUUGAGUGGUUGGACAUGGGGACCCCUUUGGUGCAGCUGGGGUCCCCAUCUGCUGAGCGCAGGAGCGCCUCAAAAGCUGCACAGAAGGCGGAGGCAUACAGCCAGCUAGCGGAGAAGAGCCUCCGUGGCUCUUACAAUGAGAAAGUUGCUGACAUUCUCCAGAGCCACUCAUACAAUUUUGUGUUGUCUGACCCAACCCUGCCAGACAAUCCAAUCGUGUAUGCCAGCCAGGGUUUUCUUAGCAUGACGGGAUACUCGAGGGAGGAGAUUAUUGGCCGCAACUGCAGGUUUCUCCAAGGGCCGGACACCGAUCGACGCACCGUGCUGAUGAUUCGGGAAGCCUGUCGAGAAGAGAGGGCUGUGCAGGUGCGCAUCUUGAACUACACCAAAGACGGCAAGCCCUUCUGGAACCUCUUCCACAUGGCGCCUAUCUUCUGCAGCGAGACGGGCAAGGUGGUGCACUACAUAGGUGUCCAAACGCCCAUCAGUCAGUCCCUCGCGAAGUCCCCCGCAUUCACUUCCUCCGGCGCUCCUUCUCCUGUCGGCAAACCGCCCCUGCCACCAUCCCCAAGACCCGCCAAUGGCCCUCCCACACCCCCACCUAGUACUGCGUCGCCACGACUAGGAAGCCCCGAACCUGAAACUACCGUAGAAGAUACAGUACAGAUUGCCGUCCCAAUGGAGCUAAUAGGGGGCUCCGCAGAGCCUGAUUUGUCCCCCCCAGAAGACAGGGUUAAGGCGCUAACCGCAGUAAAGGCGGUGGUUGGGGAUCUCAAGACGUGUGGGGAGGGGAAGGUGGAAUUUGAGAAGGUGUCGCGGGGGGAGCCGUUGGACCCCAAGGCGGCGCGCGUGGUGUGCUCGUCGCUCGUGCUGACGCUGACCAAGAUUCAGCAGAGCUUUGUGUUGGCCAACCCUAACCUGGAGGACUGUCCAAUAGUCCAUGCAAGCGACGUGUUCCUUGAGCUUACAGGUUACCCCCGCGAGGAGGUUGUCGGGCGUAACUGCCGCUUCCUCCAGGGCCCCGAAACCGAACCGGAGUCGGUGCGCGAGAUUCGGGAGGCAAUUGCUGCGGACAAGCCGUGCACGGUGCGGCUGCUCAACUAUCGGAAAGACGGGACGCCGUUCUGGAACAACCUGCACGUCUCGCCCAUUCGCAACGCUUGUGGCAAGGUUGUUUACUACUGCGGGGUACAACUGGACGUGACGGCCGCAGACGGCAUCAGCCCCCUCGACCGGGGCAUGAGCUCCCGGUUGAAGCAACUAGGCGCCGUGGGCGCAGUAAGGGUCGCUGUUAGAGCGCUCGACGGAUCCGGUCUUCGGCGGAACAUGUCGUAGAAAGUAGAGCUUGACGAAGGACGUAUACGCGUCCAAUAGAUUUAGGCUGUCGCAACAGUUUUCAGCGGCCUUGAAGCAGCGCUGCAUGCUGACGUCAAUCUAUGUACCAUGGUAAAAGAGAGGGGGGGGGUAAGGAGAGCUGUGUUCAUUAGAGUCUGAUUUUAUUCAGGCAGAAGUACUUUCUGAGCUAGUAUCAUUACAUUCUUCUUGAAGCACUGGCACGCCGAGUUGUUUAGCUAACAGGUCUUUGCUAAGCAGAGGUUUACAUCACCACGUGCAGGUUAGCCUAGUAGGAUCCCUCUUCUUGUCAAAGACAGUCGGUAACCGACCUUGACCAUCGUGUUGUAAUCACACCCAUGUACUCUGUGAUGCUGUUUGUUCUUUUUGUG